AUGCGGAGGAAGUUGUGGGUCGGAGUGCAGCCGCUGCUCCAGCCCGGAGGCCAGCACCGCCUCGACAACGCUGAGCACGGCCAGAAGUCCGGAGAAGCCGAACGAUUCGGUGUUUGGAUCGCUGAGAGCAGCCCUGGCCUAUGCCUCGUUCCGCAAACCCCCCAAACCAUCCACCUCUCCCACGUUCACGUCCGAGCAAUGGUCCAUCCCAGAAGAGCCGAGGUCACGCUCGGUAGACGGAGAAGCCCCACAGUCGCUGGGAUCGAAACUUUAUUCGUAUCUACCGAGUGCAAGGUUCUUCCGAAGAAGCCCUCCAAAAGACCAGAAAAUAGAACUGGAAGCGAAAGAAGGCGAAGAAAUUAG